AUGGAAGACGUGGAUGAAUAUCAUUGGGUUGGAUUGCAAAAACAAAAUGGGUACAGAGAGGAAAGUGUAUCUGUGGAGCUACCAGCACCUUCUUCAUGGAAGAAAUUGUUUUUCCCGAACAAAGUGGGAUCAGUGAAGAAAACAGAGAUUGUGUUCGUUGCUCCAACGGGUGAGGAGAUCAGUAACAGGAAGCAGCUGGAUCAGUAUCUCAAAUCUCACCCUGGAAACCCAUCCGUCACUGAGUUUGAUUGGACCACUAGUGGGACGCCUAGGAGAUCUGCAAGGAUCAGUGAUAAGAAGACUAAGUCGACUCCCUCACCAGACAAAGAGCCACCCAAGAAGCGAGGUCGGACUAAAUCUUCAGGGUCAAAGAAAGAUGGAGAAGAAGGUGAGAAACCAGAGGGAGGAGGAGUGGAGAACUCUCAUGUCCAAGAAGAAGAUACUGAGAUGUCUGCUCUCAAGGGAACGAAAGAGAACGAGAAUGUAACUGUUAAGGAUGGCUCUGGUGACACAAAAGACGACGUGGUUACAGAGGAGACUCCUGAUCCUGCUCCAGUUCAAGAAGCUGGUGGUGAGUCUAUCAAGGAGCAAAAACAUGAUUUAGUUGGAGAUAUUAGUAAGGAGAGGGUGGAGUCUAAGACUGACAAAGAAGAGGAGACUGGCUCGGUUGAAAAGAAUGCAGAGAUCAAGACUGCUGAAGCUAACACCGAGCAGAAGAAGGAAGCUGCAGGCCAAGGCUCAGCUGAGGCUGAGUCUGAAGCUAAGACCAGAAACCAUGAGGGAAAUGGUCUGACCUCAGAAGCUGAGGGGAAAGAGAAAGCAGCUGAAGCGGAAGCAACUGAGUAACUCUGCCCUGUUCCCCUUUUGUUAGAGCAUGAAAUGUAAGUCAGUUUGUUUAUUUUCAUGCUCUUUUUGUAUCUAAUUACAUCGGUAAAAGAUGAGAUUAUUAGGCUGAGCUGUGUACUAUUUGAAUGAUUUCAGUAUUAUGACUAUGCAUGUUCUCUUUGUAGAGUG